UUAAAGCGGAUUUUUCGUGAGAGUAAACGCGCAUUAUGCUCCGCCAACCGCUUCGCAUUAGCGGCAGAACGGAGGAUGAAACGGCGGAUUCGGGCGCGGAGACUGGCGGAUCUGACUGCAGUAAAAUGUCUUGCCGUAGCAUUGACCUCAUGGCAGUCCCAGGUCAAGAACCCCUGCUCGUUACCAUGCACUUGCUGACCAACCCUGGCGACUCACUCCUCCUCCAGCACACACUUGACCGCCUGCUGAAGUGGGUCCGCCCCGGUCUCCGCCUCUUCAAUGUGUCGGAACGGGCCGUCCCCCUGUGUGACUACGGCAGAGCUGACCGGCACCCUGUGGCUGAUUACCCCUCGCACGCGGUGACCCUCUUCCUGCACGAGUCAUACGGAGAGGAGCGUAUUCUAAGGGUGCUAGACUUCCUGCAGUGCCCACCCUGGCAUUACCACCAUACAGAGAGCUGUGGCGGAAGAGCAAGUGGUGUUCACAUCAGCUCCACUGGUUGCCCAUCCAACAGCCUCCUGAGGCCCUACCUCCUCCCCAGCCGGGACUUCUACAGCCUGGGUGUGGGAAUGCCAGUGUGGGGGGUGCGCCCAGUGCACUAUGGUGGGGAGGUGGUGCGGGUGACUUUGCACAGCACGUAUGAUAACUUUGAGGACACGGUGCGGUUGUAUGAGACCGUUCUGCAGAGGAGGGUGGAGGAGCAGAAAACAGGGUUCUGCUGGUUCACUCUGUUGAUGGAUGGAGGGUUCAGCAUCCAGCUGGCUCUGAAGCAGCUCUCGCCUGGGGUCAGAGUGGAGCGCUGUCACUCCACUGUGCUGCAGUUCAGGGUGGGUGAGAUCGGACAGCUAGUGCCCUUGCUGCCCAACACCUGCUCGCCGAUCAGUGCCACCCGCUGGCACACGGAAGACCUGGAUGGCAACAAGAUCCUCUUUCAAGUUAAAGGUCCAGCACAAACCCAGGAUCUCCUAACAUCUGCUUUCCCACUGAGCUGUCCCAACCUGUCCUCCAGAACCCUGCUAAGGAGCUGCGCAUCCACCAGGCCCCCGUCCACCUCGCCCCGCGGCAAACUGUCCCAGCUGAAGGAACGUUCCGUGGGCCGCUCUCAUUUGGAGCUGCCCCUGGAUCGUUGUCCACGUGCUCUGAGGUCAGGAGCGUGUGCUGGACAGAAUAUGGGUUCAGACAGCACAUGUAGCACGCCCCCUGGAAGCUCCUGUUACUCGUCCCAGCGCAACAGCCCGGCAGGCCUGUCUGUUAACCUGUAUGACCCAGUCGUCACCCCUGAUACCUCCAUCUCCUGCCUCCUGUUGGAAGAGGAGAAGCCAGAGACCAAUGUGGACACAGGUUGUGCUGUAAGCCCACGUCCCGCCGCAGUGGGGGCGUCUGCGCUGGAGACUCUGUCAAGGGACAUGAAACAUGGGCUGCCUGAGUCACAGUGGAUUCGAGCUGCUGAAGGGAGCGCAGAGAGGAUUCAAACAGACCCCGGUACGCAGACACAGGCAGCACAUCAACAUGCACAAGUAGAUGAGUUUUUUAUCUAACUGUUCUCAAUUACUCUACAUGGAAAAGUUGAGUAACUGUGACCUUAUUUUACUUGUGCGUUGUUUUUGUUAUGGCAAGCGUCGCUAUUUCUCACACGGUUCAAACCCCUAAACUUAAUGGUCGAUUUAUACUUCUGCAUCGAACCAACAAAACAAUGUUAUUAAUGGAUUUAGAAGUAUUUAUAAAGUUAUUUCUCAAUAAACAUGAGUUCAUCAAAGUAUGUGAACAUGUUGAGAUUUAGGUAC